AUGAAUUCUGACGACGGAAGUGAAUUCACCAAAUAUCGUGUAUUUGCCUCAUUGCCUCAGACCAAGCGAGGAUUCCCCACCGUGCUUGGAUCUAGUCCAAAAGGCGACAAAAUCACGUACUGUAACGGGAACUCGGUCUUCAUCGUGAACAUUGAGAACGUCACAGACGUUGACAUCUACACCGAACAUCCAGUGCCAACAACCGUAGCAAAAAUGAGCCCUUCCGGCUUUUACAUCGCUUCUGGAGACACCGCCGGCAAUAUCCGGAUCUGGGACACAACGCAGGCCACCCACAUUUUGAAAGCCACAUAUCAGGUGUUCUCCGGUAGCGUCCGAGACAUCGCAUGGAACGAUGACAGUAAACGAGUGGCUGUCGUCGGAGAAGGGCGCGAGAGAUUCGGCCAUGUGUUCUUGUUUGAAACUGGUACGUCCAAUGGUAAUUUGUCUGGACAGUCUCGUCCCAUGAACAGCAUCGAUUUCCGUCCAGCGAGACCUUACCGGCUUAUUAGCGGCUCCGAGGAUAACACUGUGGCAAUUUUCGAGGGUCCACCUUUCAAAUUCAAAACGACAUUUCAUGAACAUUCUCGUUUCGUUCACGCUACUAAGUACAGUCCUACUGGAUCCCUCUUUGCUAGUGCUAGUGCGGAUGGUAAGGUGAUACUUUUCGAAGGCUGUGAAGGUGAAAAGGUUGCAGAGCUCGUAGAUACUUCGCUACAGACUGCUGUUGCUCAUUCCGGGAGUGUGUUCGGGUUAGCGUGGUCACCUUGUGGUAAGAAAGUGGCUACAGCUUCGGGUGACAAAACUGUGAAGAUAUGGAACGUGUACGAGAAAGUUCUGGAGAAAACAAUACACUUUGGUGACGCCGUUGAAGACCAGCAAGUCGGUAUUGUGUGGGGACCCAAAGUCCUUGUAUCGGUGUCUCUCGCUGGGUUUCUCAAUUUCAUUGAUCCGGUUGGCCGUAUUGAUAAGGUUCUUCAUGGUCAUAAUAAAGGAAUUACUUCUCUGGCACUCAGUAAAUGCAAACAAUGGCUAUUCACAUCUGAUUUUGAAGGACAUAUCACGCAGUGGAGUGUAAGUGACGGAGCAUCGAAGAGGAUUUCUCCAAUGCUCCAUAAAUCACAGAUCGUUGGGAUGUCAUUUUUGAAAGAUUUGUUGAUUAGUUGUGCUUGGGAUGACACUAUCUGUUUCACAAAGUACUUUCCCGAUUCGACAGAUUCGAUAAAUUCAACAUCUGUGAACUUGCCGUCGCAGCCUCUCGGUCUUGCAUCUGCUGAAGAUGGCGGGCUUACUGUUGUCGCUUGCGACAAAAAUGUCUUACUUUUUAAGGACGGACAACUAUCGACCGAUCUCAGCGUUUCUUUUAAUCCAUCCUGCAUUGCAAUAUCCACCGGUGCGAUCGCUGUGGGUUGUCGGGAUUCUAAAGUGCGUGUGUAUUCGCUGUCUGACAUCAAACUAAGGGAAGUGAAAAUUUUGUCUCACUCAUCAUCGAUCACAAGUGUUGCUUUCUCACCCAACGGGGAGUAUCUGGUUGCUACUGACAGCGGCCGUAAGGUUAUUCCCUACUCGGUGAAAGAUACCUACAAGAUUGUUGCUGAGAAGGAGUGGACUUUCCACACCGCUAAAGUCAACUGCAUUGCAUGGAGCUCCAAUAAUCGACAUGUAGCGACAGGAGGACUGGACACUAAUAUUAUUGUGUGGGAUUUGCUGCGCAGUGGAGAGCACCCUAUAAUUAUUCGAGGCCUGAAAGUGUUGUUUUAUGUGCAUUUUGUACCAACAUAUAUUGAUGUCACAUCUGCUGGCCUUUCUACUGUUGUUAGUUCGGAAUGA